UCUUUGGUUCCAGCUGGGAAGAUGCCGGAGCGUGAAGGAGUUUGAGAAGCUGAACCGGAUUGGAGAGGGCACCUAUGGCAUAGUGUACCGGGCCCGGGACACCCUGACGGAUGAGACUGUAGCAUUGAAGAAGGUGCGGAUGGACAACGAAAAAGAUGGAAUGCCCAUCAGCAGCCUGCGGGAGAUCACCCUGCUCCUGCAGCUUCGGCACCCCAACAUCGUGGAGCUGAAGGAGGUGGUUGUAGGGAACCAUCUGGAGAGUAUUUUCCUGGUGAUGGGCUACUGCGAGCAGGACCUAGCCAGCCUUCUCGAGAACAUGCAGACGCCUUUUUCAGAGGCUCAGGUGAAGUGCAUCAUCCUGCAAGUCCUCAAGGGCCUGCAGUACCUCCACGAGAACUACAUCAUCCACAGAGAUUUGAAGGUGUCCAACCUGCUCAUGACUGACAAAGGCUGCGUGAAGAUAGCCGAUUUCGGACUGGCCCGCACCUAUGGGAUGCCACCAAAGCCGAUGACCCCCAAAGUCGUCACACUCUGGUACCGAGCGCCCGAGCUGCUGCUGGGAAUGACGACACAAACCACCAGCAUCGACAUGUGGUAAGGGGAGGACU